GUCAAACCAAAUUUUUAACGUAAUUUAAACGUCACCUGUCAUUUGCGUGUAGAUCGAAAACUUUUCCAAUAAUAAAUUAUAAAAUAAAUAUUUGUGUGAUUAAUCUAAAUGUUCACAUUGAGACAAUUUCACGACAAUAUUGUAGUUACAAAAGAUGUAUAAAAGUUUUUUGGUUUCGUGUCGUUAUCAACAGCAGAGGUUUGUUUUCAAACUGUGUGUGGAAAUCAGAUAGGAGGUACCCCAUGUCACUUCACUGUUAAUAUUUUUAUUCCAUCCCUUAAUAUGAAGAGAAAUCUUCGUCCAAGCAGCAAACUAGGCAGUCAAGAAUUCACUUCAAAUCAUUUGUCUAAACAAUAUGAUGGUAAAAUAGCUGGCUUAUACGAUUUGGAAGAAACACUUGGUAGAGGUCAUUUUGCUGUUGUUAAACUUGCCAGACAUGUUUUUACUGGAGAAAAAGUAGCUGUUAAGGUUAUUGAUAAGAGUAAAUUGGACGAAGUUUCGAAGGCACAUCUUUUUCAAGAGGUUCGCUGUAUGAAACUAGUUCAGCAUCCUAAUGUAGUUCGUUUGUAUGAAGUGAUAGAUACAGCAACUAAACUGUAUUUAGUAUUGGAAUUAGGUGAUGGAGGCGAUCUUUAUGAAUAUAUUAUGCGACACGAGACUGGACUUCCCGAAAAAGUUGCCAAAGAAUAUUUUAGUCAAAUUGUGAGAGCAAUAUCGUACUGUCAUCAACUACAUGUUGUACAUAGGGACCUGAAACCUGAAAAUGUAGUAUUCUUCAAGAAACUGGGCAUUGUCAAAUUGACAGAUUUCGGUUUUAGCAAUAAGUUUUAUCCUGGUCAAAAAUUAGAAACAUCUUGUGGUAGUUUAGCUUAUUCUGCACCUGAGAUACUUUUAGGAGAUUCAUAUGAUGCACCAGCUGUUGAUGUUUGGUCGUUAGGAGUAAUCCUUUAUAUGUUAGUAUGUGGUCAUCCACCAUUCCAAGAAGCGAAUGACUCCGAAACCCUCACAAUGAUAAUGGACUGUAAAUAUGAUAUUUCUCAACAUGUUUCACAAGACUGUCGGAACCUAAUAUCUAGGAUGCUACUAAGGAAUCCUGAAAAACGAGCUACACUUUCCGAAAUCUCAAAACAUCCAUGGCUCAAGAAUAGUAACACAUUAAAUGUCGAUUCUGUACCUUUAGUUUCUAGAGAACAACUAUCUGAAGAGGAUCAUAAUGUUAUUGUUCAAAAAAUAGUAAAUGGGAAUGUUGCUACAAAAGAAGAAAUACAGGAGUCUUUGGAUAAAAACGAAUAUAAUCAUAUAACAGCUACGUAUUUCCUACUUGCCGAAUGCAAAUUGAGAUACAAACGACAAGAUCAUUCAGCUAAAAAUAAAAGACCCGAUGAAUUAGCUGUAUUUAAAAAUACACAGGAUGCUAAAGAAGUUUCAUCAGUCAGUAUCAAGCCAACUUUAUUAAAUAUUCCCCGUACUCCCGGAGAUUUGCCCCAGAGGUCCCGCAAAUGUAGCAUAGUCCAAGAAGAUGAAGAAGAGGAGGAUAUGCCGUCUUGUGCAGUACGUGAAGACUUAGCACCUACUCUUAAUCGACGUGGUUCUCGAUCAGAAGGCCGUUUAAAUUUGACGUUACAAGAACGUUUAGCCGAAUCGGAAAAAAGGAAACCUGUAGAACUGAAAUAUCCAGUCAAUGCCAAAAAGUCUUCAGCGACGUGUAAUAAAAACCUAAGAUCUGAGGAAAAGUCACAAACUGGAAUUUCAAAGCCCAUGCCUCCUGUUAUAUCCAUUUUUCCUUCAGACGAAGAAAAAAAUACUCGCACUUUGGAAGAUCCACUUUCAGAAGUUGAAAUGAAUAACUCUCGUCAUACAAUCGUUACGUGCAAAACAUCAUAUGAACGAAGAAGAGCCAAAUUUCACCAAAGUCGAACAGCUUCAUGUAGUUCUUCAGAUGCUAGUGACGACGAUAGUGAGAAACGUAAAAAACGUGCUCAGAAAUUAAGUACACCUUCUAAAUCCAUUGAAACGCGGCGAGAUAGUCAUGAUGACAGUAGUGAUUCACAGGAACCUGGUACUGGACAAGGACCAAGUGGUUUCACUAAUUUGACCAAUAGUGGCGUUAGCUUCGAUUCGAGCUCUAGCAAUAAUGAUAGACAAGAACAAAACAAACAACGGGAGUCAUGUAAUGAUAAAAAUGAGAGGAAUCACACCAAUACUUUUGAAAGAAGUCAAAGAAUUUGUCGAAAAAAGGGUAGCAAAACCCGUCUUCGUGAAAGUCAGUCCCUCAAUAGGAUAACAGAAGUCCAAGAAGACAACAUGCAAAACUUAAUUGCUUCGAAUACUCCUUUGGGCUUGUCUGGCUCAUUAACACCAAAAGUAAAGAGCGUAGGUGCAAAAAUAUUACACGGCUUUAGUCGUUCUUCAAAAAAACCUCAAGAAAAAAUAAAAAACUAUGACGAGAAGUUGAGAUUGUCUAGAAGAGAUACAUUAGAUGAAAAAUUAGAAUGCAAUAAAAUAGAGAAAUGCGGGAUCAGAAAAAUCAGAAUGUUGGGAAAAUAUUUUCAUGUACAGAAGAAACUUUGUAUACCUUUAGCCAGUUUAUUCCGGAAAAACGGAUUGUAUAAGGCUCAGUCAUGUAGCUCAUUAACUAAAGACAGAAUAUUGACUAAUUCCAAUAUCUUACAAACCAGAAGUAGACCAACAAGCUGUAUAAAAAGUGACGGCGACAUAAAUCAAAAUGAACCACUGAAACCCUUUGUUGAAUCAAACAAGAAUGUUCUUGAUAAUGUAUGUAAUGAACUGAAGGAUAUAUGCACGGUUCAGGUGCAUCUUGGGCAAGCGUCAAAAUGUAGUUUCUGUUAAAAUACCUAUAGUCUGUUACCAAAGCUAUAUAUGGUGUUUUUUUUCUGUGUGAUCCGCCUCAAUGACAUUUGCGUCCAGUGUCAAAAAGCAUAACAGAGAAAAUAUAUGGUUAGAGUGUACUAGAAAUAUUGAAACUUAGCUUUUUUCCAAAUAAUUUUAUAUGAUUAAUAUAUUUUGUAAUACUGAGGAUUUUAACAACAUAAUUUAGAGCUUAUGUUUUCAUAAAAUGCAAUUAUGUUUUAUUGGAAUUAAUUAGACAAGUCAAUUUAGACAUUCGAAGUUACAUUAAUUCCCACCUAGCUGAAAAUCAAUAAAAUGUUUAAAAUAUAGUUAAAAACAAAAUUUACAAAUUUUUGAAACGAUGGCUCGUAGGAUAACAUUUUUUAAGACCUUGAAUAAAAUUUUUCCCAUACACGGGAAUGAUGGGGAACUUUAAAGUUUUAUUUUUAAUUAUAUUUCAAACAAUUCCACUGAUUUUCAGCUUGGUGUGAAUUUGUGUUGCUUCAUUCUUAUUUUUUGGUCUAAUUUGAUCAGACUAUAUAUAAAUAAUGUGAGUUUAGAAUUGAUAUGGCACACUAGUGCAAUAUGUCGAAUAUACUUCAAAGGAUAUCCUAACCCAAAGGUUAUUGUCUAAAAAAAAGUAAUGUUUUGUAAAGGAUUUAUUAAUCAGUUUUAUUGUUGAAUACUGACAAGCAAUAAUUUUUGUACACAAUACAUUUAAAUGACAUUAAUAACAUUUAAGGAGAAAUAUGGUAAUGAAAAAAAAUAUCAAUCAAAUUCGAUUUAGAAUUUUUUGUUAAAAUAUAAAUAUUGUAUACCUAUGUUUCAAUCUUUCUUAACUAUUUUUUCACAUUUUCGUCAACAUAAUGAGAAAAAGAAGAGAAAUAACAAGCUCAUACAAAACUGAAUAUUACUUUAACUUUUUCAUAUUUUAUACAAAUUAUCAACUAAUCUAUUGUUAUUUGGGUUUUGGAAAACAUUUUGCUGAACAUAGGCAUAUUAAUAUAAAAUCUUUUAUAAACUUAUAUCCAAUCUAUUAGUGUGAAGUUUAGUAGAACAUCGUGAUCAAAUAUAAUAAAUUUACUUGUUCCAUUAGAUUUCCUAUUCUUUACGUAUUUUUGUGGUGUUUUAGUUAGCAUCGAAAUCUAAUAGUAUCAAAAUAUUAGAAGGCAAAUGUGUAUUGAUUUCUCAUAACAGACUAUUUAGACGGUAAUUUAUUGGAUUGAAAAAUUAUCUGACACAAAUAAUUUAACCCUAGAAAAGUCGAUACUUUUGCAAGGGAACACACUGUCGUCUGAAGACGAUAAUUUGCUUAUCAAAACGCAUAUCAAUUAGAGUAGUAAAUAGUGUGUUCAGUAUGAAUAUCCCCAACGUUUUAGAAAUUCUAACUUAGUUGUAUAACGGCUUAAAAAUAAAGUAUAUGUUAACAAGAAACAAAUUAACGAUCAUUUUCGAAAAAUUAAAAUAAAUAUGAAAAAAUUCCGUUCGCAAUAAUUCACUUCUUUGAAUUAAAAAAAAUUUAUUAUCAAAUUAUAGAGCAGUUCUUUUAGAUAGUCUAUGUCACACUACAUACUUUUGCUACCUCUCCAGAGGCUUUCGGAUGCCUUUAAAAAUCUUUCGGCUUGCCACAUAAUCAUUUGCACACGAAGGCAUCUACCCUACAUUGCUUUCAAAUCGCAGUCCGCCAAGUGUCUCUUUCAAUGAACUAAAUAAAUAAUUGCAUGGCGACAAAUCGGGGCUAUAAGGCGGGCGAUCAAGUGUUUCCCAACCCAAUUUGCGGAGACGCGUACAAACUUCCCAAACUUGGCACCCUUCUGGCCGAAAUUUUAUGGUAACCGAGCCGUUUAUGAAUUAUUUGCCCAAUAUUAUCUACGCUUAUGCCCAAUUCUUUAGCCAUUUCAGUUUUCCAAAAUGAGUUUUUCUACAGCGCUGACGCUCUCAUCGGUAACCCUUAUUCUUAGGCGCCGCACAUGCGGCAAAUUUGCCACCACUUCUCGUCCUUUUCGUAAAGCGGAAAACCAUUCAUAUACUUGAGUCUUGGAGAGGCACUUAUCCUCGAAGUAAUUUUUGAUAAACUUCCGUGAUUUUACAUUAUAUUUGACCAAAAAACGAAUAUUGAUGCGUUGUUCAACAAACAGUGGUACAUCUUUCUCGAUCAUGGCUAUAAGUACACUGAAAAGCGAGGUUACGCGGUUUCGGCUGUUCUAUACGCUUCGUAACAGGCCAGUCUAACAUCUUGUGCAGGGACUUUUACGAUACUACAUUUUUCGCGAAUUUAUUCAAACAUUCCGGUUUAUAUUUGAUCAAUCCUCUAUGAGAUGGUCUCAUAUCUAUCAGCUGUAAUUAUAUGUGAAGAAACCUUUUAUUAAAAGUAUUUACCAAAUAAUUUUGAACCUCACGUUUAUUGUGAAUCAGUCAACUGUCUUGCUGAAAUCGUAGAUUCGUUCAAAAGCAAAGAAUGUCCUUAUUGUCUAGAUUUUGAAUCAUAAUUUCAAAAAACUUCAUUCAAUAUUACAAACACAAGCCAAAGACAAAUCUUACCUUAUACUUUUCCCAUACAUUGUCAUUGAUUGGAGUAUGAAUAUCAUGGAACAGUUGAGUUUAUUAUAAUUCAUCACGACGUUGUAAUCAAAUUCGGAAUUGAACAUGAAAACAUUUACAUUGAUAUUCCUAUGUACUGUUAUAUUUGUCGAAUACUGUAUAGAGUUGAAAAAAUAAAUAACAAAAUGACACAAAUUUAAAAAAUAAUCAAAUCAACAAGUGUGACGCCUUCAUUUUCAAUUUAUUCAGUGUUUCGUUAACUGAGAUAACUUAAAUAUCCAGUUCAUAAAAUAAUUAAAGGAAUGUUAGUGUUUGUCAGAAUUGAAUUUUGAACAAAAUAUCAAACCUCGAAUCAGAUUUUUUUGGAAUUCUGAAAAAUAUAAAUUCACUAUGGUGACUAAUGUCUCACAAGCAUACAAUGAUUCUUUGCACUCCAAGAGGAAUCUGUACUAAUGGAUUGGUCAGGAUUAAUAUGCUGCUUUUUGUAGCAAAUAAAUCUCAAGGACAAAGAAUUCCCAUCUUUCCAGAAAUAUUUAUGAUAACCAAGCUAGGAAAAUGUUUCUAACGCGAUACUGUGAAAGAUUGCAAUUACAAGGCAGCACAUGUAUAUUAUUAGGUUAAUGCAAAUUAGAUGGUAUUAUAAUAUAAAUUAAUGUAGUAGAUACCACGUGUCAUGAAAUAAAAAAGUCUUAAAUAUUAAAACAUGUUAUUGCACAUAGACUGGAAUAAAUAUGUAAUGUAUCAAUAAUAUAGACUGAUAUAAAUAAUUUUUUCAUGAUGCAGUUACACAAAAAUUCAGUCAAACAAGUGCAUGUUAUUGUAAUACAGUGCAGAUAUAAUAUUUUAGUCGUUUUCUCCCCAUCAGCAAAUGUGAGUCUUGGUCCACUCACCUUGAACACCAUACAAUGGGCAAAUUGAACAACAAUCGAAUCUUAUAACCAUCAAUAAAUAUCAAAAUUCACCCUUCACUAUACAUUCAGCUUUAAUUAAUAUGAUAUUUCAUGAUUAUUCAGUAUUUUAUCAGUCAUAGAAUUUUCUGUAUAGGAUUUUAGAGAAUUAAAAAAAAUCUCUUGGUCAACAUAAUAUUGAGAAUAGUAGUUUAUUUAACCCUCUACUGCAUGAAUUAUGAAAAAAUUUAUUACAAAAAUGAAAAUUAAAAAAUUACUUACAUAAACUAAGAAAAAA